GCGAAGCCAGUGAGACGGACCGACUGGCGUAACCAGCACCGCGCAGUGUUUUCCCUGAGUGAUUCCUCUCCCUCUCCCGCGCUGCUGCGUCCACACCGGCCGUGAAGAUGCACCGGCACCCUCCUGCCCGGGGAUUCACGUUGUUAUUGCCGGUCGCUUUAUGGAUUUUCUGCCAUGUCAACUGCGUGCACGGAGCUUUGCCAACAACCCAUAAGUGUGACGAGGCCCUCGCCUCCCCCCUGCCUCACACAGCCUUCACCAGCUCGUCUGUCUUCUCCAACGGAUAUGCUCCCGGAUACGCCAAGCUCAACAGGAGAGGAGGUGCUGGUGGGUGGUCACCUUUGGACAGUGACCAUUAUCAGUGGCUUCAGGUGGACCUGGGCUCCAGGAAGCAGGUGAGCGCCCUCGCCACUCAGGGCCGUUACAGCAGCUCCGACUGGACCACGCGGUAUCGCCUCCUCUACAGCGACACAGGCAGGAACUGGAAACCAUACCACCAGGACGGCAACAUCUGGGCCUUCUCCGGAAACUCCAACUCGGAGAGCUCAGUUCGUCACGAGCUGCAGCAGGGGAUCGUGGCGCGCUUCCUGAGGCUCGUCCCUCUGGACUGGAGCGAGGAGGGACGGAUCGGUCUGCGCAUAGAAGUCUACGGCUGCUCCUACUGGGCGGGCGUGAUCAACUUUGAUGGACUGGGUGUGAUCUCUUAUCGUUUUAAGGUGAAGAAGAUGAAGAUCAUCAAAGAUGUGAUCGCACUGAGGUUCAAGACGUCAGAGAGUGAGGGUGUGAUUCUCCAUGGGGAGGGCCAACAGGGGGACUACAUCACUCUGGAGCUGCGCAUGGCCAAGCUGCUGAUGCAGAUAAACCUGGGCAGUAAUCAGUAUGGCUCCAUCAUGGGUCACACCUCUGUGACCACCGGCAGCCUCCUGGAUGACAACCACUGGCACUCAGUUGUGAUUGAACGCUACCGACGUAAUGUCAACUUCACUCUGGACCGACACACUCAGCACUUCAGGACCAAUGGGGAGUUCGACCACCUCGAUCUGGACUAUGAGUUGAGCUUUGGUGGGAUGCCGUACAGUGGAAAGCCAGUUGGAGCCGGGAGGAAGAACUUUAAAGGCUGCAUGGAGAGCAUCAACUACAACGGAGACAACAUCACAGACCUGGCCCGCAGGAAGAAGAUAGACACCUCCAGCUUUCGUAACCUGUCCUUCUCCUGCGUGGAGACACACACAUUCCCGGUGUUCUUCAACGCCACCAGCUUCCUGCAGCUGCCAGGACGAGCUAAUCACGACACCAUAUCUGUCAGCUUCCAGUUUCGUACGUGGAACCCCAACGGGCUGCUCUUGUUCAGUAAUCUCAAUGACGGCACGCUGGAGGUCUCCCUGGAGGACAGCAAGGUGGGGGUUCAUAUCAACGUGACGCAAGAGACCAGAAACCAACGAGUGGACCUAUCGUCAGGUUCAGGCCUCAACGACGGCCAAUGGCACGCCAUACGUUUGGUCGCCAAGGAGAACUUUGCCAUGUUGACUAUAGAUGGCGAGGAGGCGUCUGCAGUGCGCUCCAUCUCUCCUCUCAGCAUCACCACAGGAGCAACCUACCACUUAGGAGGGUAUUUCCUGCAGACGCUCUUCCCGCCCUCGCAGCGCUCCUUCCAGGGCUGCAUGCAGGCCAUCCUGGUGGACGACCAACCGGCUGAUAUGCAUGCGGUGGAGAAAGGCAUUAUGGGUGCUUUUGAGAACGUCAGCCUAGACAUGUGCGCAAUCAUAGACAGGUGUAUGCCUAACCACUGUGAACACGGCGGCCGCUGUAAGCAGACGUGGGACAGUUUCAGCUGUACCUGCGAUGGAACGGGAUACACUGGAGCCACCUGCCACACCUCUAUCUAUGAGCCAUCAUGUGAGGCCUAUAAGCACCUGGGCCGCUCCUCUGACACCUACUGGAUCGACCCUGACAGCAGCGGACCUCUCGGACCCUUCAAAGUCAAUUGCAACAUGACAGAGGACAAAGUGUGGACGACAGUUAUGAACAACCUGCCCCCCAGAACUGCAGUGACGGGCUCCAGCAGAGAGAGACGCACCGUGCUGCAGGUCAACUACAGCGCCUCUAUGGACCAGGUGACAGCCAUCACCACCAGUGCAGAGUACUGCGAGCAGCAAAUCGCCUACAGCUGUCUCCUGUCCAGACUGCUCAACACUCCAGAUGGGACCCCCUACACUUGGUGGGUUGGACGGGGCAGCGAGAAGCACUUCUACUGGGGGGGCUCUGGGCCCGGCAUCCAGAAAUGUGCCUGCGGCAUCGACAGGAACUGCACUGACCCCAAGUACGACUGCAACUGUGACGCCGACCUCCGGCAAUGGAGAGAGGACGCUGGUCUCCUGAUUUAUAAAGAGCACCUGCCAGUCAGCCAGGUUGCCGUGGGUGACACCAACCGACCGAGCUCUGAGGCUAAGCUAACGGUUGGACCGCUCCGUUGCCAAGGAGACAAUAACUACUGGAACGCCGCGUCGUUCACCACCCCUUCCUCCUACCUGCACUUCGCCACCUUCCAGGGUGAGACCAGCGCCGACAUCUCCUUCUAUUUCAAAACCAGCGCUCCCUACGGCGUCUUUCUGGAAAACCUGGGCAACACGGACUUCAUCCGUCUGGAGCUGAAAUCUCCUAAAGUCAUCUCCUUCUCCUUCGACGUGGGAAACGGACCCGUGGAGCUGACGGUACAUUCGGACACACCGCUUAAUGACGACCAGUGGCAUCGCGUGAUGGCCGAGCGCAACGUGAAGCAGGCCGUGCUCCAGCUGGAUCAGACGUACCGGGCCUCGCAGCUCGCUCCUGCCCAGGGACACACACGGCUAGAGCUGUUCAGCCAGCUCUACGUGGGUGCUGCAGGGGGUCAGCGGGGGUUUCUGGGAUGUAUCCGAGCCCUACGGAUGAACGGCAUCACUUUGGACCUGGAAGAAAGAGCAAAGGUCACGCCCGGGGUCAAACCAGGAUGCCAAGGCCACUGCACCAGCUUCGGGAUGUACUGCCGCAACGGAGGGAAGUGCGUGGAGAAGUACAACGGAUACUUGUGUGACUGCACCGACACCGCCUACGACGGCCCGUUCUGCACCAGAGAUGUCGGGGGUUUCUUUGAGGCCGGGACUCUGGUGAAGUACAACUUCCUGCCCGAAGCAGUAGCAGGAGCCAGUAGAGACUCAAAGAUCCUGACACACCAGCUGACGCCGCAUGAAGUGAAUCUGACAAAGGAGGAGGUGGCCUUUAGUUUCAGCACAUCCAAUGCUCCUGCUAUCCUGAUGUACGUCAGCUCCAAGACGCAGGAUUAUCUGGCUGUGGUUUUAAGGCAGAAUGGCUCUCUUCAGGUGCGCUAUAACCUGGGAGGCCUGAAGGAGCCCUUCUCCAUCGACGUGGACCAGCGUAACCUGGCCAAUGGGCAGCCGCACAGCAUCAACAUGUCCCGGGUCGACAGGAGCAUCACCAUCCAGUUGGACCACUACCCUCCUGUCAGCUACACCCUCCCAGACGCCUCCGACACUCAGUUCAACCUGGUCAAGACGCUGUUCCUGGGAAAAGUCUACGAAACGGGACACAUAGACCCAGUCUUCGAGCGGUACAACACCCCGGGCUUUGUGGGGUGUCUCUCGAGGGUGCAGUUUAACAGCGUCGCCCCGCUGAAGUCUGCUCUGAGGAUAGUCUCACAGGACACCCCCACAGCGGGUCAAACAGACAGACCGCCUGCAGCCGCCUCGCCGGUGUCGUACCAGGGGAAACUUCUGGAGUCCAACUGUGGGUCAUCUCCUCUCACCAUCCCACCAAUGUCUGCCGCCACAGACCCCUGGCAUCUGGACAACACAGAUGCAGAGUACCCCUUCAAUGAGGAGAGAGUGAUUCCUGAUGGAGUCAACAGGGACUCAGCCAUCAUCGGGGGUAUCAUAGCGGUGGUGAUCUUCACCAUCUUGUGUACCCUGGUGUUCCUGAUCCGCUACAUGUUCCGCCACAAAGGCACCUACCACACCAACGAGGCCAAGAGCACCGGGGAGUCGGCCACAGAGUCGGCGGACACGGCCAUCAUCGGCACCGAUAACCCAGAGACCAUCGACGAAUCAAAGAAGGAGUGGUUCAUCUAACGGCCAAUGAGAGAGGACUUUGAGAAGGGAAGUGAUGCCUCAGAGAUGGAGGAGGUUUAAUUUAAUGGCCAAUCACGGGAGAGAUGGAGGCCAUUCAAUAGGACAAUAAUCUCCCAGAGAGGGCGGAGAUACGUGUACAGAAAUCUUUUUGUUUGUUUGUUUGUUUUGUUUUUUAUAUAUCCAGAGUAUUAGAAGAGAAGGGGGACGGUUACGCAGCGGAGCACGGCUGUGAGACUGAACAUGUAUAUACUAACCGGCUUGUCCUUCUUUGUAUCGUGCUUGGGAGUUUUCAGGAGUCCUUUGAAUACUGUAUAUGACAAAUAAUUAUACUCACUGGGUCGUGUGUUAGCACAGAUUUAUUGCCAGUCUCUGUUGCAUUUUGAUUUUAUUUUUUAACAAAAUCUUAUAUCGAAAAAGGAUCAAAUCGACAUGCCAAACUCUUUUAGUUUAAGUUAUCAGGCUGCGUUGCACCAGUCUGUCAACACUCACAUGCAUUUCCACUUAUACUGUGGGAUUAUAGAGUUGAAUAUGGAUGCCAAAACUCCCUUUGUAAAUAUUUUGUGUUAUUUUUUCUUUUUCUCAAAGAUUUAUUCAGAGUCCAGUACAUGACGACUAAUGAGAAAUGUCAGAUCUAUAUUACGGUACCAUAUGUCCGUCCAUUACAUUAUAUAUGUAUUAAAUAUAGAGUUUUAUGUUUAUGACAUUCGAUUGUAUGGGACAUUGUCUUCUGAGGAGCAUAAUGGGAUAUCAUGGUUGGUUCAGCUCAGCACGGCAGCUUCUUUUUCAGCCUUUACUCAUUCAGACAUGAGCCAUCCUGUUGUUUCUUUGCCAAACACUUGAGUCUUACGUCAUUUUACCGACCGGCUCAGAUUUUUCUUUGAGGUGUUUUUACAUCUGAGACUGACGUUGGGUUUGCAGUGCGUGCUCGUGUGUCUAUGUGUAGGUCAGAUAAUUAGGAUUUCUUAUAUUGGAUAAAGGACAUUGCUUCACACAGAUAAGGUCAAACAACUAGAGUCCUAUUGAUGCACUCACUCAAUGCAUUGCGUAUUAGAAAAAGCUUAAAACUCCAAAAAAACAAACCUAAUAUUUGUUGAAACUGGGACUUAAACUGGGAAAGGUUUAGAUCGUUUUUGGCUAUUUAGUCCAUUGUGCCUUUAAGGUGUUGAGCCAUUGCACCUUUCCCCAGACCACCAACAGACACUUACUACAAUAAUUUGCUGCUGCAUGAAUUCUCAUCAAUCUGAUUCAAUUAGGUAUCUUUCCUGUUUUGAGAGAUGUGUUUACCUAACCACAAAUCUGAAUCCAGAAUGCGUAGGUGAUACAAGUCCAGUAAAAGUUUCUUUAUUCCAAAGUUUGAAGCAUAGAUGUGUGGGUUUUUAUGCAGCAGGUACACUGACAGAGCUGCACGCUACACAAUACACAAGAGGUUUACACCCACCUUCUGUGACGCGCACACACACACACACACACACACACGCAAACAUGCAUGUUUGAUAGAGCAUGUCAAGGUUGAACAUUCAUAAGGCUGUUGCUUAGUCAACGAUCAAUGAGCUUCACUCUGUGCCACUGUUGUCCAUCAUACAAGACUUUCAUCCACUUUCCUGCCAUCGUUUACCUUACCAUAGCAUUUACAGAAUAACGUUGCUACCAACUUUGUACUUUUGUCAUGAAUUUGCUUUCUGUGUGUCUGUUUUGUCUCAUUUCCACCAUGACACCCUCUCACCUCCUUGUCGCCUCGUGGUUGGGUGCUGGCUGCAGAUCACUUUAUCAGAGACGUGAGGACGGCUAGUGAACUCAGUCUGGCUUCUGCCGCAGCCUCGAAGAAGACUUUCAUCACACCAUUGAAGGCAACCCAGUGACUUUCCUUUUUUUAUGAUUAUAUUACUCAGAUAUACAUAGUAACGCACACAUGCUCUGGAUAUGUGGACUGCAGAUAAUGAUGGACUAACAGCUCCAACAGACAUGACCCAUAUGUUUAGGUUUCAGUUCUAUUCAGUUCAAUAAAGAGUGUUUGAUCUUUAA